CCCUAGUAAAUCAUAAAGACAUGCCUCCCUUGUGAUAAAAAAUAAGGCACCAUUGUUCCAAAAUCCCUUGAGAAUACCAUGGGAAACUUACUGCAAAAACACAGAGACAAUCUCCAACAAGAAGAAGAUGAUGAUCAUGGAAAUUUCACUUGCGAGAUUUGCUUCGAACCGAUGUCUGCAACUAAGAAAUUCAAGAAAAGCAACCACUGCGCUCACCCUUUCUGUCAAGACUGCAUAGCCAAAUACAUCCAAGUCAAGCUCGAAGAUUUCACCGCCACCAUUCAGUGCCCUGGAUUAAACUGCCAACAAGCUCUAGAUCCUCUCUCGUGCACAGCAAUUAUCUCACAAAGUGUUUUUGCAAAGUGGUGUGAUGUUCUCUGUGAUAAUUAUGUUUUAGGGUUUGAGAGGAGCUUUUGCCCUAAUAGAAAUUGCAGGGAGUUGGUGGUGAAUGAGUGCGGUGGAACACUGAAUAAAUGUAAAUGUCCACACUGUAAACGACUGUUUUGUUUCCAGUGCAAGGUGGAUUGGCAUGCAGGGUAUGGAUGUGAAGAAAGUAGAAAUAUGAGGGACCAUAAUGAUAUUUUGUUUGGGCAGCUUGCUGAGAGGAGAGCCUGGAUUAAGUGCCCUGGUUGUGGAUACUUCAUUGAGCGCCUGCAUGGCUGCAAUUCAAUCCUAUGCAGAUGCCAUACUCGUUUUUGCUAUAAAUGUGGGAAAGUUAUCUGUGAAUGCGGCCGCUUUAUCCAUUUUCCCUAUCUGUAUCCACUUUAUUUACUGAUUGUGCUCUUAGUUUUUGUAGCUCUUUUGUGUCUUUGGAUUAAUGGUAUCCUUUCUCAACCCAAAGUGGUUGAGCCUGCAGAUUAGAUUCUGUCUUUGCCUAGAGAGAAUUCAACUGAAGUUACAGAAAGUUUUAGUUGCUUCAAAAUAGACUUUAAUUGAACAAAAUUUUCUCAAAGUUUUGGGAGCAAUUUCUGGUGAAGAAAUAAAAAUAUUGUUUCGCAAUUUUGUUGUGUGUGAGUUGAGUGUCGUGUUGGCUUAACACGGGAUGAUCACAAAUGUAAUGUGUGCUGAUUUUGUCCUUUAUAUCGGAAAAAUGAAGAAAUCAAUGAGCAAA